AUGCCGCCCGUCAACGGCAAAUGCCUGCCAUCAGACUGCCCAUCGACAUUCCCUUUGCAUGUGGCAGCUUCUCAGGAGUGCUCCCUCCUGCGGGUGCGGCUGGGAAGCUGGCCGAGAGAUUCAGGGAGGCGACGGCGUGGGCGGACGGCCAUGGGCCUGGGCGACGUGCUCGGCGGGGCUGGGGACCUGGCGCAAAUGGUCCCUUUGUCUGGCGUGGACCUCUCGGCAGUUUCCGAGUUCGCAAACACGGCAAUGGAGCUGCUGCCUGAGCCUUUGCGGCCCCUUGUGUCCGUUCUGGUUGAUGACGUCAUGGGCGUCGUCAGCCUCCGACCAACCUCCGUGCAGAUUGGGCGCCUUGGGUUAAUAUACUACCUCUUGUUCACCACACCUGGUCCUCUUAGCGGCAUCAUAGAUUACUACAUACUUGGGCCGUUGGGGAAAUUGCUGCAGAAAAGAUGGAAAUCUGAAGAUUUCAUUGUUCGAGACAGGCUUGGUGGAGGAAAUUACGGCACAACGUUUGAAGCCAUUAUGACAAAGAAAUCUGGGGAAUCAGUUGGAGCAGAGUUGACACCUGAACAGAAGAAACGGAGAGUCGUCCUGAAGAAGGUCAACAUGGAUUCUAAUGAAAUUAGGGGCAAUUUUCUUGGUGGUGGAACAAUGGCAAGAGGUGCAGGUGAAACUGGGCAGGCCGAAGCAUACAUGUACGCUAAGAUUGGAAGAAAUUUAUUGGUGAAGCCAUGGUGUGCAAAUUACAAAGGUGUAUUUUUUGCAGAACAGUCAGAUGGUGGGUUUAUUGCAGGAUCGCAGUGGUUGGUUUGGGACUUCGAGAGUGAUGCCACCCUAUCAGAUGUCGUUGAGGGGCCACUUCAGAACUUCCCAGCUUGUGUUCAGGAGUUUGUUCUCAGAAAUGGUGCAAACAUGCCACAGCAGGAAAGGGAUUCAAAGGUCAUCAAGAGGAUCAUGAAGAGAAUCUUGACUGGUUUGAAGCAGCUCCAUUCUAUGGGCUUGGUGCAUCGUGACAUCAAGCCUGCGAAUCUCCUUGUUACAGCAUCAGGGGAGAUCAAAAUGAUCGACUUUGGUGCUGCAGUGGAUAUGUGCACGGGUGUGAACUUUAACCCACAGGUCGGCAUGAUGGAUCCAAGAUACUCGCCACCUGAGGAGGUCGUUCUCCCAAGAAGCUUCCCCAGUGUGCAGCCUCCGUUGCUGGCGGCACUUUUAUCUCCGCUUGUGUGGUGGAUUGGUCGCCCAGAUCUCUUUGACACUUACAGUGCUGGGAUGAUUCUUGUACAAAUGGCCAUUCCUGAACUGCGACCAAUGCGCACCCAGAGGCUUUUUGUUCAGGAGCUUGAGGAGUACUUUGAUGACCUGAGGAAAUGGAGAGCGGAGUCUCCAAGAGGCAAGACCGCAGAUUUUUCUCUAUUGGACAUGAACAAUGGCGCAGGGUGGGAUCUUGCCUGCAAAUUGGUUCGCAGGCGGAAUGGGUUCAUGCGGUAA